AUGAUAAGAGCGUUUAUUUGGGCUAGUACGAAGGCAUCCUAUAAGCUUGCCCAAAAGGCAGCCCUGAAGAAGAUCUCACACACUUGUGAAACCAUUGCUUCAAUGUAUGAGAAGAGUGUGAACAGAAAUAGGUACACUCCUUUCACUUCUACGUUACCUUACCAAUGUGAUAAUGACAAAACAUACUCGUUCCAGAAGCCAUUCUGUUUCAUGAAAGGGGAGCAGUUCUCUAUAUUGAACGCCCUUAAAGGCGCUCGCAACAAUGAAAUAAAGGCUCCGAGAAAUCAUCCGACCGAAUUGGAAUGGGAAAUGAAACAUAACAUCAAAUGCAAAAAAAUGCACAGCCGCAACUCGAAGAAAUGGAGAAGAGCAGCAGAAAAAAGUAAGAAAAAGAACAAGAGGAGGAAGAAGAGGAAACAUAACCUUCCUCAACAGCCUAUCGAUAAUCCUGAGAUGCUCCCAGCUAUUCCAUCAUUGUUGUUAAGGGAGGAUACGCAAUCUUCGAUACUAAAUCAAUAUUUAUCAAAGCUUCCAAAAGCAAACUUCUUAUCAGGUAGACCUAUCAAUUAUUAUCCACCACCGCGGGCGGUUGAUACGACCUUUGGCUCACUCAGAGCUAAAUUGCAUGACUUCAAUGGGCCAAAUCCCUAUGAUGCAAAUGGCACACGACAUUAUACUGACCGUUUAAAAGUUGAAAGCCUAAAAUAUCUACGGCAGGUCAACUUGUCUGAUGAACUUUUUGGCAAAAAUGACGAACGCGGCUUGGUCACUGAGAGAAUGAAAGCACAUUGCUACCUGGAGGAAGAAUUGAAUUUAUUGGGAAAGAGUAAUCGGGCGUUUGCUUCAAGACCAAAACUAGUAUUGCAAGCAUCAGAUUUCUUUAUUGAUAAAGAAACAUCGAGAUGGUUGGCCCUUCAAAGGCAGUCAUGUAAAGAAUGGGAAAUGAACAUUCUUCGAGAGAUACAUGCUCGUGCAGAAGCUAAAGCUAGACUGCAAUGGAGAAUGCCUAUCAAACCUCACGAGGUUGAAUGGAUUAACUCCAUUCCUGCAAAUGAGAUACCCCGUUGGUAUCACUAUCUUCUUGAUCAUUUGCAGCCUGUACCUUUCAGACACCGCCUUUUAAAUGGGCUUUUGCAGUUCCCAGAAAAAUGUACCAUGUGGAACUGGUACUGCCGUUCUAAGAUAAUUGUAUUCGUUGAGCUCGCUAAAUCCAAAGGGAGGGGCACCUGGGUUGGGGAAACCAAAUUGGGAAAGGUCAUAUUUAAAAGAAAGUAUCGACUCUGCCCUAGAGAGGAACAAACAAUCUAUGAUGAAAUUGACUGGUACAGUCUUCCCGAUACUGAUGGGGCGGCUGAUAUCAGGUAUUUCAAGCGGUUUGAUGAAUUUCCAAAUGAGACGGGAAAACUGCUUCAUGUGUUCCCAAAACCAAAGAAAAGAGUGACCAAGAUGGUCAGCAUUUUAAAAGGAGGCAAAUUGUCUCUGAAAAAUAGUAAGGGUUCUUGUCGAGACUUUGAGGUACUGAAAAAGUCCCAUAUUUCAGAUUUUGCUCUGCCUGCUGUCAAAUUUAAUCCUAAAAUUCUUCUUGGAAGAUUCACACGCUGCAUCCCAAUAACGGAGGACAAACUCCUAAUGGCUAGCAGGCAAGGAAUUGGCUUCGGUCGUAUUAAUGUUGAAUAUGUUACUGAUGAGGAGCUUACUUCUAAUGAUAAUCAUUCAGGAGAAGAAAUUGGAUUGACUGAAAACCCCAAGGAAAUCCAGUCCUGUAACAAAGCGAUGCAUCCUGAGAUUCGGCAGGAAGAUCCAUUUUACUAUUUGGCCGACAUGCAAAGUCUUCAUGUCAACUGUACUCCUGAAUUAAUGCAUGGAAGUGAAGUCCCCCUAAAGAGGCUUUCUAAAAGCCUUAUUAGUAACAUUGGUGAGACUUUGCAACAACGUCCAAUAUCUGAUCACAAGCCUUUCACUGACAGCAUGCAGCAGGAUAAUGUGUUUUUCCCAGAUUCGAAGAGACGGCCCAAUGAAAUUGAGAUGCAAAAAUACUUUGAAUUGUAUACUGUCAUCAGUCUAUCGGGAAAGAAAGGCUUUACCAAGCUCAUGAGGUACUACGACUUGGCACUUUUGGGGAGACUCCAGGUUGUCAAGGAAAUCUGUUCAUUUAAUGAUUAUCUUGCUGGCAAUCGCUUAGGACGUCGGUUUCACGAGCUGCAAUCAGAAAAGAUUUUGGCAUGGUUUCCUUUACUUAAACGGAAGAAAGACUCCUUCAAAGGGCUUUUCUCCAAGAACAAAUUAAAGAAUACGAAAGAUAGAGGCGUGUUUAAUAAAGGCACAAAAAUUGAGACUCUUCCACAUGAGUACUGUUAUGAGCUUCAAAAGAUGCAAAACUUAAAAAACUCUCCCCUUCCCAUACACUUCAUGGGCUCCAGAGAUGAACACGUUAGCUUGUUUGGAAGGGCUUGGAAAAGGUAUACCCCGGAAGAAGUGAGAGCUCUUCUGUUGUAUUUCGGUUAUGCGUCAUAUCCUAGAGUCCCGAAAGCAAUCUAUCAGCACUUAAAGUGGAGCAAAGUUAAGAUCGAGGUUCCAUUACUUAAUCUGCAAAAACGCAACAGUGCAAUUUCGUGGAAUUUUCAACAUCCUGGAACAGAUACCCACUCGAUGAGAAACGUCUAUUGUCAAAAACCUGAAGAGAUAACUAAUACUGCCAACUUUGGUACACCGAAAUCUACUAAGAAUCUAAAAUCGUACACCCUGAACAGAAGUCGAGGUAGUGCAACAUAUGAUUGCCAUGCCGAUUAUGAAAGAUUCUCUUUGACAUCUAGUAAUUCAGAUGUUUCUCCAGUGGCUAGUUCUGCAACUCUUGAUGGGAGGCGAGGAUUUGAGCGAGAGUCAGCUUCUUCAAGCUGUUCUACAUCAAAUCCUAUGAGCAAUGAGAGCAAGACGAAGGAAGCAGUGCAAAGAGGUCAUAUGUCCGUUAGAGACACGGAAAGGGAAAAGAGUUUGGUAAAGGACGUCUCUAAGCUUCUGAGCUGGAUGUUCACUUCUGAUUCUAUCCCGUUGGAGGUUUUGGAUGAUGUAAUUGGGUAUAUCGCUGAGCGCUGUGCUGACGUCUCAGUUCCCCCUACUUCCUAA